AUGGAAGCUGUGGACAUAGAUAAGGCUUUUGACGAUUUGGUGUUGAUUGAUCAGAUUGAAUCGGAGAAGGGUUACAAGGACGGUUACGAGGUGGGCUGCAGGGAAGCGGCAGCCACCGGCGCUGGACUCGGCUUUCAGAGAGCCGCCCAGGUCGCCUCUGAGGUCGGCUUCUAUGAGGGCUUCAUCCAGCAGAUUGAGGCUUCACUGAACACCUCUGGGGCCUCUGAGGCAUCAAACACUACCGCGGACUCUCCAUCCACUCCUGUGACCGACCCUGCGUCCUCUGAGCGGGCGACUCGUCAGCUGCGGCGCGCCCGGCCGCUGCUGCUGUCGCUGCGCCGGCUCAUCGGGCAGCUGCCGCGCCACAACACUGCCGACAGUGACGUCACGGCGCUGCUGGACGCGAUUCGCGCCAAAUUCCGGCAGCUGUGUGCCGUGCUGAGGGUGAACCCUGGCAGCAGCGAGCAGCAGCGCGAGAUCUCCUUCUGA